AUCCAAAACAAAUAAGUAGUGUACUCGAUAGAUCAAGGUCACACUUUUGUAUAAAAGCAUAGAGAUGCUGAAGCUUAUUAUGAUUCAGUGAUUGAUCUGCAUCGCAACAACAAACAUGUUCGGAAAAAUUUUCGCUCUCUUCGCUUUGGUCGCUGUCGCGAUGGCGGCUCCUAACCCUAAACCAGCACCCGAACCGGCUCCACAAUUCUUGACCUACUCCUCUGGACUGGACUACGUUUACCCCUCGGGAGUUGUUCGCUCGGUGGUGUCGCCGUACGGGGCUGGCCCAGUGCCCCUGGCGUACUCCGCUGUGGCCCCCGGCGCCGCUGUCUUCGUACGCUGAAUACUGUCCGGUUUACCCCCAAUUUAAAUAACGUCAGCAUCCUUACCUGAUUUUUGCUAAUAAAAUAAUAGUAAUAUUACAGUUCACAACUA